AUGCGCCAGAGGCUGGACUCCUCAAUCGAAUUGGAGCCAAUACGAGAAGGGUUUCAAGUUCGUCUCAAAAACCGUUAUGGAAAUUAUCUACGAGCUAAUGGUGGAUUGCCUCCAUGGAGAAAUUCGGUUACUCAUGACAUUCCUUACAGACAUUACGAUUGGAUAUUGUGGGAUGUUGAAACUAUGGAAGCUAGACCAGAGAAACCAUUGUCGUCGUCACUGUUAUCUGAAAUGAUAAACCCAUAUCUAAAUUUGUCCUCCUUUUCUCUUAGAAGCUCCAUAUCUGGCCCUACCGAGGGACAUGAUCCACCAGCUGCAAAGAAAGUAUGGAUGAUGGUGUAUUACACGAUGGUGGAUGAUGAUGGGAACGUGAUGAUGAAAUCUAUUGAAUGUAAAAGUUUUACCACUCCGGUUAGCGUUGCCACCCAAACAACUCCGAUUGUAGCUUGGCCACAACAACAAUGGCGGUUUCCGACGACGCUUCAAGAAACACAACAACGACCACAGUCUGCGGUAGAGAUGGAUGAAGACAAGGAAGAAGAAGGUGGUGGGUUCGAGAUUGUUGCCAACAAGAUAUCUUUAGUGGUGGCUAUUAUCUAG